GAUCACAGACAAAGUUCGUGUGCUUUUCGAGUCUGCCAUGUUUUGUCCUAUUUGUCGCGCUUGAUCAACGCGUUCGUCGCGUUUACUGUUUUAAAACUGUUAUUUUCUGAAUGUAUUACGGGCUGUGUUUUGUUUACAAAUAGUGUAGUUGAUGGUGUUGUAAUUAAUUUACUAAAACAUUUGGUCAAUCGAUCAUUUUGUUACCUCUGUGUGCGACAGUGUAAUUCGAAUUUCAACAAUUUUAUAAUCGUCCGCUAGCUUGCUUGUGUCUGUAUUCAAAGAAAUUACGUCGCGUAUUCGAGACAUUCUCAUCAAACGCAGUGAUUUCUUAGCAAAUUGUGUCGAGCUGUGACGCAACCCACGUGCACAUAAUACAGCGAGCAUCUCAUGCACAUUUGUUAUUAUUUUGUUCACGAGUUCGUGGUGCGUCGCCCGCCGCCUUCGCGUUCGCCCGCUCGAUUAGGCAUCUGAGAAUUAGACGGUGAUUUCUGGUGCAUUAUUUUGUGCGGGCUAGUGUUGGUGUCGUCGUUCGGUGCAACGCACACGUGACUCGGGACGAGUGUUUGGGUGUCAGUCGACUGCGGUUCGCGAGCGCACGGGCACGAAACAGUCCGGCAGCACUCUGCAGUGCGGAGCGCGCGAUUCUGAGGUGAAUCACCGCGCGUUGUUGACCGUGCUUCGCCGUGUUUACCCGCGAGUGCAUAAGUGCGUGUAGGGAAGUGAAUCAGGCAUGAGCGGCGCGUUGCGGCGCCGAUGACACCGCCGUCCGGAGAGACGGCGUUUUGAUCCCGUGUGUGUGCUGUUAUGGUUGUUGGGUUAUGAGUGUGUGACAAAUUUGUAGUGCAAGGACACUGGAGCCCCUAGACGGAGUUGGGCCCGCCGGGGCGGCCCUGGUACUUUUGGGGGCUCCUCACGAAGGCAAGAUGGCUGCGUGGAACCGCCACCACCACUUCAACAUGCUCAUGGAUGAGAAUGCCAAAAAUAAAUUGGGUGUGGUCGGAGGCGGCAUGCCGGAGGCCGGUGGCGAAAGGCGGCACGUUCCCCUCUACGGGAGACUGGUCGCCGAAGACCAACUGGCCUCGAUGAGCGCCCCCUCAGACAUUCAGGUGAGCUCCAACGAGCGCACCCAGCGGGCUUUCUGCCGCUACUGUACCCCUAAGGCGAUGCAAGCUCGAAUACCACAUCACUUUCGGGACCCCUCCACGGCGCCGCUUAGAAAACUCAGCGUAGACCUCAUUAAGACCUAUAAACACAUAAACGAGGUAUAUUAUGCAAAGAAGAAACGGAGAGCGCAACAGUACCUGGGCGAGGACGGCUCGCACAAAAAGGAGAGGAAGCUAUACAAUGACGGGUACGAUGAUGACAACCAUGAUUACAUCAUCAAGCAGGGAGAGAAGUUCCUCGAUCGGUACGAGAUCUCUUCACCUAUUGGGAAGGGCUCGUUUGGACAGGUUGUGAAAGCGUAUGACCAUGAGGAGCAGUGUCAAGUAGCGAUUAAAAUAAUUAAGAAUAAGAAACCCUUCCUAAACCAGGCACAAAUAGAAGUCAAGUUACUAGAAAUGAUGAACAGAGCAGAUGCAGAAAAUAAGUAUUAUAUAGUAAAACUGAAACGUCACUUUAUGUGGCGGAACCACCUGUGCCUAGUGUUCGAGCUGCUCUCGUACAAUCUCUACGAUCUCCUGCGCAACACGAACUUUCGCGGCGUGUCGCUGAACCUCACGCGCAAGUUCGCGCAACAGCUGUGCACCGCGUUACUGUUCCUUAGUCAACCUGAACUAAAUAUAAUUCACUGUGAUCUAAAACCCGAGAAUAUACUACUAUGCAACCCGAAAAGGUCAGCCAUUAAGAUUGUGGACUUCGGAAGUUCGUGUCAACUAGGUCAAAGGAUAUACCAAUAUAUCCAAUCAAGGUUCUACCGAUCACCGGAGGUGUUACUCGGCGUACCCUACGACCUAGCGAUAGAUAUGUGGUCACUGGGGUGCAUACUUGUCGAGAUGCACACUGGCGAGCCACUGUUCAGCGGGGCCAACGAGGUCGACCAGAUGAACAAGAUCGUGGAGGUGCUAGGCAUGCCGCCUGAUCAUUUAUUAGACCAGGCCCACAAAACGAGAAAGUUCUUUGACAAAUUACCAGCGUCAGAAGGCGGUGGUUAUGUAUUAAAGAAAGUCAACGGUAAAGAUGGCAGUGGUUACAGAAAGUACCGGGCGCCGGGCACGCGGCGAUUACACGACAUACUGGGAGUGGAGGGCGGAGGGCCGGCCGCGCGGCGUCGCGGCGAGCCCGGCCACUCCGUGUCAGACUACCUCAAGUUUAAGGACCUAAUCCUCCGCAUGCUGGAGUACGAGCCGAAGCAGCGCGUGACGCCGUACUACGCGCUCCAGCACAACUUCUUCAAGCGCACCGCAGACGAGGCCACCAACACGCAGCAGCAGCAGCACCAUCAGCACGUGGGCGGCGCGCGACUGUGGGGCGGCGCCGAGCGAAUGGACGUCGAGAACGUUCGCCGCGACGACGAAUUGCUGCCCGUAUGCACGCUGCAGCACAGCCCUGUCGCCAUACACUAGCCCACGGCGACUCGGUGGCUCGGUGGCUCGGUGGCCCAGCGGCGCGGUGGCCCAGUGGCUCAGUGGCUCAGACUAAGUGGCAGUGACCAGUGACCCACAGUGCCCCACGGACUAACUCGUUAGCGCGCCCCGGGGCCCACCCCCUGGACUGAUUGAACCGUAUUUAUAAUUCUAUAUUUUUAUUUAAUGCGAUAAGUCUGACUGUAAAAAUAUAAUGGUACGAUUUUUGUUACGUUGUAACGUGUAUUUUGUUCUUAAUCGCUUCACUCGACCGUACUUAUAGAGCGUAUGAUGACCGCGAUCCCGUCACACUCCGGAUGCGUAUGGGCAUGAAAGCUAGGUUUUUUUAUUGUUACGCAAUGCAUAUCAAGAACGCAAUAUGGUAGUAAAUAAAUAUUGUAUAUAAAAUUUAGGAAACCAGACUAAUGGAUACAGACUGCAAUUUAAACUGGAUAAUCUAUAGUUUAGUUACGAUCUAUGCUAGUUAGGCUUUCAUUCAGUUUUAAUUAUCGCAAGCUUUAUAUUUUUAAAGUGUCGGCAACUGAUGACUGAAAUUCAAAGGGCCAAUGAGAAUUUGUUUUAACACAGACAGAUAAAUAGAAUUAAGUAUUUUUUGAUGCACAAAAUGAUUAAUUUGACACCACCCGUUUGACUGAUUCGUUAGUCGGAGUCAUGAACAGCCCUCGCGCCGAUUGUACAUAGACGAUGUUCACGACCUCUGAUGCUUGUGAUCCGAGUCUCAAGUAUUAUUUUAAAGCAUAUACGUUAUUUUUGACCCAUUGGAAUAUUCAGACGAUGUGUAAAACAGAUAGUGUAUAGGUAAUUCUAUAAAACACAAAAUGUACUUGUAGGUUACGAGAAUGUUGAAUCAUAUAUAAAAAUUUUUGGGUAUUUCAGAUAGGAAUUAAUAAAUUGAAUUACAUAACUGACUUGUUGAACGUUUUUGGAUUUGAAUCUACAAUAGACUAACCUCAUUGCAACAGACUGGUCGAAACUUUGUAACGGAGAUAUUUUGUAUAGCAAUACACUGAAUCACUGCCUUAUUGUGCCGGAACUUUAUACGAUAAGACCCGCUACUCAUGGUAGGCUUUUUGUCGCAAGUGACGUCAUCCGCUGCCGCGAGUGCGGCCAACCGAUAUUGUGACAGCAAAUGUGAUAACUAUACAUUGUAUGCAAUUACUAUUUUACUUUACUAAUAAUUAAUUACAUAUCGAUUUGUGUAACUCGGCUAGAAAGUAUUGUAUUUAUUCAAUGGUACUGACCUGACGGAGAAACUCACUUGGGCGCUUACACAACCGACGACGAGCAAAGCUCUAAAAGUUUGAGUGUCCGCGCAUAUUACCGUUCGGUAAUACAGCAUUUUAGACAAGUAACUGCACUUCGAAUAUAUAUUUUGACAGUUGUCUAUCACGUUGGGACCAUGCUGAUAUAGGAUAAAAUAUUCACAUAAUUAAAAUGUCCAGUUUGAUGUCGAUGAAUCCGUACAGACCUUUUGUUUCGUGUGCGCGUAAUGGAAUGCACACUGCGACGUCUUGUAACAUUUGACGUUCACAUUUCCGUAGGAAAAUGUACUUGUGUAUGUGGGUCAUGUUUUUAUAUAGAUAAAUAUUGAUUGUAUUGUAAAUAUGGACGGCAAAGGUUACAGACUUGUACUGCAAUAACGGGAAAGGAUUGGCAGGCGGCGCGUACGCCUCGAUUGGAGCUUACUCGGCUCUAUUUAGUUGAAGCUUGUGAUACAUAGUUUAAAAUUUGCACAUAGUGUUAGUGCAAGGUUUAGUUUAAUAAGGUAUUAGCUCGGGAAUACCUAAUCUCUUCACUAUAUUAGUGUAAUUGAAUGGCAUAUUAUGGUGAUGUCCAGUUAAGUGUAUAUGGUACAAAAGUCACAUAAGUAGCGGGUCCACGCUUAGCAACUUUAUUCUGAACUUAAGCUUAGGAAAAUAUUUUUAUUUGAAAUUAUUUUUAGUUAAUUGUCGACUGAAUGUACGCAAGUUCAGAGUGGAGCGGCUAAUGAGACGAGGCAACAUUACCGCGGUGCUGCGUAAUGUUGCCGUGAAUUUUUAUAAAAACACCCUCGAUUAUGUAAUUAUUUUAAAAUUUAAAUAAAGCGUUUGUAAGGUAAAGCUAUUUGAUUUGGUACAUGAAGCAUGAAAGUAUUUUCCCUCGUUUGUUUCUUAUAGUGCUGACAAAUAGGUUCACCCAUUUCAUUGUAGAUUUGAAUCUAUUUCUAAUCUUGCUGUUUUCUGUACUAUAAAUUUUUGAAUAUCUGUAUAAUAUUUACUGUAAUACUUUUCUGCUUCAUGACGUUUAUAGGAUUGUUAGAAAGAGUAUAAGAAAUAGGUAUGGGACAUGUUUAAUUUUGAUGAUAGAGCAAUAACAUUAAUCUACCGGCGGGUUUCCAAAUGUUAGAGAAUAAUAAAAUAUAUUUUUAUGUGACUAUGUAAAUUACAUGUUAUAUAAAUAUUUUUGUCGGUUUCAUUUGUAUUAGAACAUCAAACAGUAUUAGAUUCUGAUGUUAGAAUUUUAAUUAGUUUGUAUGUUUUUGAUAUCAAGCAUGUAUUACCUGUAAAGUCGGAAAUCUGCCGCAACAUUGCUAUUUUUACAUAACAACUAGUCGGAGAGUUAAGUGAUAACCAACACGUAAAACACCAACCUAUUUGAAUAGUUCUAACUAAAUCCAUUACUCAAGAAUGGCCCUAGAUGUUUGCGCUUGAGUAUGUAAUAUACUAUACUUACUAUUUAUUUGUACUGUGACAGUAUGGAGUUAUGUGAAGUGUGUGACAUGUGCUGAUGCGCGAUAAGCUAAAAUGUUUAUUUCCUAUCGGAUUGUCAGUUCGCAGGCACUGUAACAAUAAAAGGAUAGAGCUUUAUGUCACUAAGUUUUGUAUUUUAAAUCAAUAAACAAUAGCAAUGA